CAGGGCAAAGGCUUCCCCUGCUCUCCAAGCUGGUGGAGGACGCCCUGCAGAUCUGCAGCCAGCACCUUGGCAGCCUGAACCAUGAGGACAUCGACAGGGACUCCUCGUAUCCCCGCAUGACACAGGCCAACUGGGACCACUUCCUGCAGGGCUACUACCGUGUGGUGCAUGAAGGGGCCGAGCUGGUGCUGAGCGAGGCACAGCGGGAGCGGUGCCAGACCCUGCUGCGGUGCCUCGGGGAGCACCUGCCCCAGCUGGACAUGGAGGGGGUCUGCAAUGUCUGGGUCCUCAAGCCCGGUGCCAAAUCCCGUGGUGAGGGCGUCGUCUGCUUGACGCAGCUGAAGGAGGUGCUGCAGCUGGUGGGGAGCUGCAAGGCCCUCUCGGGACCGCCGAAAGACUGGGUUGUGCAGAAGUACGUGGAGCGGCUGCUGCCCAUUUUCAACACCAAAUUCGACAUCCGGCAAUGGUUCCUGGUGACCAACUGGUCCCCACUGACCGUCUGGUUUUACCGGGACAGCUACCUGCGCUUCUGCUCUCAGCCCUUCUCCCUGAGCCACCUGGACUCCGCUGGCCACCUCUGCAACGUCUCCAUCCAAAGGCACUACAGGCAAACACAGAACCUGCACCCCCAGCUGCCCCGCGACCAGAUCUGGUCGAGCCGGCAGUUCCAGGCCUACCUGGCGCAGAUGGGGCGGGCAGACGCCUGGCAGCAGGUGAUAGUGCCGGGGAUGAAGGCGGCGGUGUUGGGGGCCCUGCGCAGCGCCCAGGAGCUGGUGAGCUUCCGCAAGGGCAGUUUUGAGCUCUUUGGGGCCGAUUUUAUCAUCGACAAGGAUUGCCAGCCCUGGCUGCUGGAGAUCAACGUCAACCCCACCAUGGCCCCCUCCGCGGUGGUGACCAGACGGCUCUGUGCCGCUGUCCAGCGGGACACGCUGCGGGUGGUGAUCGACCACAGGGACAACCCUGCCAGCUCCACCGGUGCCUUCGAGCUCAUCUACAAGGAG